CGUACGCACAGCGUUGCCCUGUCUGAGAAAUCGAAAAUCAGGACGAUUGAGAGUUAAUUUAGAGGCUCGUAUCUGUGGACCAGGUGUGUAUCGUUACCCUGCAUCGAUCAGUGAUUGGCAUUGUGGUGAUUGAUAACGGUGCUCGUGUACUUGAAGUAGUGUUAGCCGCUGACACACUUCCAUUCCACACACCAGUCGUCGACGUCGUCCACACCACACCACACACAUACACAUACAUACAGACAGCAACCAAGUGAGCGCAGUUGUGUGGGGGGGGGGCAGUAACAGCAGUUGUACCUUCGCCCGACGACGGCGGGUCCGUCUGGCAGCUGAGUGCUUCCGAGGAAUCAUCACCGGCAUCGACAGCGACAACACUACAGCUGUUUCGACACGCUGCUGCUGUUGCCGCCGAGCCUGAGGAAUGGAAGGCGGCGCCACGCUGGAGGUGCUUCCCUCCUCCCUCAAGGAGCCAGCCGCCGCGGCCAGUCCGCAGGAUGACGCGGACGCCGUUCGUAAAGAGGUAAUUCCAAAUGGAAUGAACGGCGGCUACGAGUCGAAGAACGGCGAUACAGACGACAACCAUUCCCUUCAUCCGGAUCAAGAGGAAGAGGAGGAAGAAGACGAGGAGGUCAUCGACGACGACGACGAAGGGAUGGAGGUCGACAGUGUGCCAGAGGAGGAUAUCGAACCUCCAGCUUUGACAGCCGCUAAAAAGGCCUCGAAUCAUCAGUCGAUAUCCGCAGCAGCGGCAGCUGCGGCAGCAGUCCUCGAGAACCGUAACAUCCCCGGAGGCUUGGAAAUCAGCGUCGUGUCGACAAGGGAUACCGCGAUGGAAGUUGACAAUUCACGUAGUUCUGAUGUGGAAUGUUUGGACGAGAGCGGUGGUAGCGAGAGUGGAGCCUUGAAAAUCUGCGAAGAAAACGGGCAGGCCGGUAGCAGCGACGUGGAGGAGAUCGUCGACGGGGGUAAGAGUAAUGGCCAAACUGCCGAAGGCACUCCAAAAAAGAAAUGUAAAAAGCCAGACCUCCCGUGCGUUACGCCACGUAGGAGUUCUCGAAACGUCAAUCGAAAGAGCUACAUGGAACGAGAGCUUGAUGACGAACCAGUAGCCCUCGACAAUAACUCGGAUAUAGAAGAAAUCAAGCCGGAAGAUCCAUUGGCGGAGGUAGACAGCAAAGAUAAGGAGAACUCGAAACACAAGCAUUCUCCGAUGAAAAAUAUCUCGACGAGCAACAACAAGACGACGAUCGUGGUGAACGACACAAAGCGGCUUGUUGAGAUCGCUGCUGGCAGUAAGAAUAUGAAGGGCGGCAAGAAAGAGCCGACUCUUGUGAUCAUCGACACCAACUCGAUACUUUCGGGUAAAGGUGGUGUACCUGUAUCGAGCUCUAAAUCCUCGUCGUCAUCCUCGUCCAACUUGCCACAUGCCUCGAGCGCUUUUUCCGUUAUGCCGAUCGGUGUACCACAACAGAUGUAUGCCAAUACGAGGACUACCAUUACACCGGUUCCUCUUAAGACCACUCAGAGUCUUGGUAGCAAAGGCACAACGAUCACACCGGUAAUGCCCCCGCAACCGUCGCCCCAACAUCAUCACCAUCAGCAACAGCUGCAACAACAACAACAGCAGCAACAGCAAAUGCAGGCCUCGCAGAUCCUGCCAACUCUUACCGAUGAUAUGUAUGUUGUCGAGGCACCUUCAUUCAUUGUACCUUAUGUAUACGAGAAGCCACCUCUGAAGCCGCUCAAGGAGUUUGUUACUAAAUUAGAUAAAAACAUCAAGACUUUUGAAAAAGACGAGAAAGUCAGAAAACAGGCAAGAAAAGAGAAAAAACUCACGGGUGAAGCAUCAACCAACGACGACGAGGAGGAUGAUAGUGAUGACGAUGAAAAGAAAGACGACGACACGCUGGAUCUUACCGCCGAUAAAACGUCGGAAGAAAAGAGUGAAGCUCAGUUGCACGAAGACAGAAACAAAAUUCCCACGUAUUUUGACCUUCCCUUGGGCAAAUUUUUCACGUCUAUUGGCGUUAGCCUGGUCCAGGAAUAUGUUCAGACUGACCUUCUCCGUCAACAAAAACGCAAACACAGUAAAGGUGGUACAUCCUCCGCGGAAACUCAGAUGGCCAUUAACUCGCUGAUUAAGAAUCUCGAAUUCAGCAAAGAAAAUAACGAACCGUUCCACUUUGAGUUGAAAAAGUGCGAGUUCUGUAACUUCAAAACCGAAUCCCUCCUGGCUAUGCAACAUCAUUUGGAAACACCACAUAUGCGGAAUUACAUGUACAAAUGUAAUUUCUGCCCGGUAGAGGUGCGCAGUCCACACGACAUUCUGUACCACAUGGAGGCUGAACAUAAUACCCGAGGUCGAUUGGAGCGGGGACCAGCAUUCCAUCAGUGUCCGAAUUGUCCAUUUGAGGACAAUCAAAAGGGUAAAUUAACUCGACACAUACUUGCCUGCCAAAAGAAGUUCCGACCAGAAAGAAACCUGGAGCCAUCAAUGGAUUGGGAGCCGCCAGCUAAGAUUCCAAGGCUUCAUCAUCGGCCAAGGAAUAUGCCACAACCUUCGGCUGCUGCCUUGGCCAUGGCUAUGGGAGCGAAAGGACCACAACAGCUGUUACCCAAACUGCUACCUGCCCCGGUCACUGGUAGAGGUCGAGGAAGACCGCCAAUGCAACCGAGGUAUCCAGAUAUGAAGCCUAUGGGAAGACCUGGUGGUUCACCUGGUAUGCGACAAGACAAUAUGUCAAGUAUGAUGUACCGGCCGACAUCAUCAGGAUUAGGAAUGGUGCCUCAACAGUACAAUUUUGGCGGUAGUAACCAAUUAUUCCAGGUGGUGGGUGGCUCUGGGACUGUCAUAUCGGCCUUAUCGGGGGUGAGUAGCAGUAGUAGCGGCAGUUCCGGACGACCCAUUGCCUUAGUACCUAACGUUAACGAGUCCCAGUCUAGGUUGCUCUCCUCACAGAACACAUCAGUCACCAAUGCUGUGAAGAAUCCAACAGCCAAAUUAUUAAGUCAACCAAGUAUAUCUAUAACUCCCUUGCCUCGCACUGCACCGCAGACUUCCGUUCCAGGUUCUAAUAGCCAGUCAAAAGCUGGAGGAAAAAGCCAAUUUGUCAUUUGUGAAAUUUGUGAUGGUUAUAUUAAGGACCUGGAACAAUUGAGAAAUCACAUGCAAUGGAUACACAAAGUUAAGAUUCAUCCAAAGAUGAUAUACAAUAGACCCCCGUUGAACUGCCAAAAAUGUCAAUUUCGAUUCUUUACUGAUCAGGGAUUGGAAAGACAUUUGCUUGGAUCUCAUGGACUUGUCACAUCAAGUAUGCAGGAAGCUGCAAACAAAGGCAAAGACGCAGGUCGUUGCCCAGCUUGUGGACGCGUAUACCAAUGGAAAUUACUAAAUCACGUGGCACGUGAUCACGGAAUGACGUUGAAGCCGGCCCACUUGUCCUACAAAUGCACAGUGUGCACCGCGACAUUCGGCAUGUACAAACAAUUCGAGAAUCACGUAUACUCGGCGCACAGUGUAGUUGCGAAGCGCGUAAUGGACAAUAAAAAAGGUGGCAGUAGUAGUGGUAGUGGCGGUGGUGGUAGGCCGCCGUCACCUCGAUCGAGCGAUUCGUUGUUGAAGCCGUUGAAGAUCAACGACGAGAUCACAAUCAUACCGCAACCGGCUAAACCGACGAGUAGGUCGUCGCAGCCGCAAAAUCGAGGGAAAUAG